AUGUACUCACAACAUCCCGGAAUGGCAGCACCUCAAAAACCUGAGACCUUCAUGCUGAGCACGGAGGCUCAGCAGGCACUUCCCCACGAUGCACAAGUUGCCCUCCAGCAGGUCGACAACCUGAAAUACUUUCUCAUCUCUGCCCCUGUCGACUGGCAACAAGACCAAUAUAUUCGCCGCUUCUUGCUUCCUACCGGCGAAUAUGUCUCUUGCGUUCUCUGGAACACCCUCUUUCACAUCUCGGGUACCGAUAUUGUCCGCUGCCUGUCCUUCCGAUUCCAGGCUUUCGGCCGUCCCGUCAAAAACUCCAAGAAGUUUGAAGAGGGCAUCUUCUCCGAUCUGCGAAACCUGAAGUCUGGCACCGACGCCUCUCUCGAGGAGCCCAAGAGCCAAUUUCUCGACUUCCUCUACAAGAACAAUUGUAUUCGCACCCAAAAGAAGCAAAAGGUCUUUUACUGGUACAGCGUUCCUCAUGACCGCCUCUUUCUCGAUGCUCUUGAGCGCGAUCUCAAGAGAGAAAAGAUGGGCCAGGAAGCCACUACGGUCGCCGUCAGCGAGCCUGCUCUCUCUUUCCAGUACGAUUCUUCACAGUCGCUCUACGAGCAGUUGACCAAGACACAGCAAGUCAACUCGUCGUCUUUCAACGCUCAGCACUCUACAUUUACACAGGGUCAGACUGCGUCCCCCGUCAUCAAGGCCAUGGAUACUAUGCCUCCUCCCAACAUGAUGCCCCAGCCCAUGGGCCACAUGACCGAAACCAUGGAUCCCAUGGGUCACUAUGACGCCGUCGCCAUGGGCCCCGUUGCUCCUCCACAAGUUGCUGCUGUCAAGCGCGAGCCCGACUAUAGUCGAGUCCAGUACAAUCAAAACGGCAUUCCUGUCCAUGGCCACCAGCGCCAUGCUUCGAUGCCCGCCUACGGUCUCGAGUAUUCCCCUGCCCCCUCGUUUGUAUCUUCGCAGUAUGAUGACUACGGCAACCGCGGUUUGUCCUUUGAACCCAUUACACCUCCGCAGCAGGCUCUUGGAGUCUCGGCUGAACCCGCCUACAUUGCCAACGAAGAGACUGGCCUCUACUCGGCCAUUCCUGAUCAUCUUUCUGGUAUGAAUGGCCUGAACGGCAUGGUUCAGCUUCCUCCGUCCACCAUGGCCGGCCAUCAGUUCAACCGCUCCUACGGCAGCAACAAUGUUUACUCUGUGAUUGAAGGCUCGCCUACUUACAAGCAGAGAAGACGCCGCUCCUCUAUCCCCCCUGGCAUGAAUGCCAUUGCCGCCCCUCCUCCAACAAACCCCAACGCUCCUCAUAGACCUUCUGACCUCCGUCGAUCUAUUUCUGUUUCCGUUGGUCCCGUUGCCGAGGGUGAGGAGUCCGAGGACAACUCUCCUCCUGGUCUUUCUUUCAGCACUGCCAUGUCUAUGAACAAGCACAAGCCCAUGGAUGACUUGUCAAGACACGGUACCCCUCUCUCGACUGUCGAGUCCAACUCGGGUCUAAACCCUCUUGCUCUCCAGCAUAGUUUUGGAAGCGAUGAUAUGUCUGCCAGCGGUUCUUUCCAAGAGCAUCGUAGAACGGUCUCUGGGCCUGCUGGAGUCAUUCGUCGCGCUCGCUCUGCCACUGUCAUGGAAGUCGGGCCUUAUCCUCACAAGUCACACUCAUGCCCCAUUCCCACCUGUGGUCGCCUCUUCAAGCGUUUAGAGCACCUGAAGCGACACGUCCGUACCCAUACACAAGAAAAGCCUUAUGUUUGUCCCCAGUGCAACAAGGCCUUUUCUCGCUCAGACAAUCUGGCGCAACACAAGCGCACACACAGCCGUGAAGAUGGCGCCGAAGGCUCUCUCAACCUCUCUGCUGAAGAGGAAGAAGAGUAUUCUGGCGAGGAGCCCCUGGGGUCUCUCGGAGAGGCUUCUCCUUCAUCAGAAAUGGCUUACAUUACCGGUUCUCUCCACGGCGAGGUCAGCCAAAACGGCAUGGCUCCCCCUUCAUCCAUGCCCACCUCGUCCUUCAACAGCCUGCAAACGCUAAGUAUGCCCAUGACGCUUAGCCAGCCAUCGAUGAUAUAA